CAGGGAGAGGAGGUGGCGUCUCUCCAUUCUGCCCGUCUUCUGUCGGCUGCCUGCAACGCUAGCGGGCCCUGCCUGCCUCUCUCAACCCCCUCCCCCGCCAGCCUUGCCUGGGAUCCCUACUCUCACCCGCUCGCGUUUUACAUCUUUCCUUUUUUUUGUAUAUACUUAAUCUUUCAAAUAUUAUUUAAUUAAGACGAAAAAAACCCACAUAUAGCACCGACGGAUUUGGAUACGGAGAGAGAGAGAAGGGGCAAUAUACAAAGGAGAAGAGUGCGUGUUGCGAGAGAGGCAAAGGGAGGGGGGAAAAAUAAGAUAUCUUUUCAUGAUUUAAGAAUUUAUUUGCAAAAAAAAAAUCGGCCGUGUCGUGCGCUCGCUUUUUUUUUCGCGUCGAGACGUCGGCUCGAGAUCUGGCGGCGAAGAUUUUUCGCAUUCGUCGGAGCGGAACGUCGGAACGAGAGGAUUUAUAGCGAAUCGCGAAUACAACAGCAGCAUCAGCAGCAUCGGGCAGCGCCGUCCGCCAGCAUGGGAUGUACUUUGAGCGCAGAGGAGAGGGCCGCCAUCGAGCGCAGUAAGCAUCUCGAGAAAAUGAUCAAAGAGGAUGGCAUCAGCGCCGCCAAAGAUGUCAAGCUGCUUCUGCUCGGCGCUGGAGAAUCUGGAAAAAGCACCAUUGUGAAGCAAAUGAAGAUCAUUCACGAGGAUGGCUUUUCGGGAGAGGACGUGAAGCAGUACAAGCCCGUGGUGUACAGCAACACCAUCCAGUCGCUGGCCGCCAUCGUUCGAGCCAUGGACACCCUCGGCAUCGAGUACGGGGACAAGGAGCGGAGGGCGGACGCCAAGAUGGUGUGCGACGUCGUGAGCCGCAUGGAAGACACGGAGCCAUACUCGCCCGAGCUGCUGGGCGCCAUGAAGCGUCUGUGGAACGACUCGGGCAUGCAGGAGUGCUUUAACCGAGCACGAGAGUACCAGCUCAACGACUCCGCCAAAUACUACCUAGACAGCCUGGAUCGUAUCGGGGCGGAGAGCUACCAGCCCACAGAGCAAGACAUCCUGCGGACACGCGUCAAGACCACUGGCAUCGUGGAGACGCACUUCACCUUCAAAAACCUGCACUUCCGGCUUUUUGACGUGGGGGGACAGCGUUCGGAGAGGAAAAAGUGGAUCCACUGCUUUGAGGACGUGACGGCCAUCAUCUUCUGUGUGGCCCUGAGCGGCUACGACCAGGUGCUGCACGAGGACGAGACCACGAACCGAAUGCAUGAGUCUCUCAAACUCUUUGACAGUAUCUGUAACAACAAAUGGUUUACCGACACGUCCAUCAUCCUCUUCCUCAACAAGAAGGACAUCUUUGAGGACAAGAUUUCCACCUCUCCACUCAACAUUUGCUUUCCCGACUAUAUUGGAGCUAACGAGUUUGUAGAAGCGGCCGCCUACAUCCAGGCGCAGUACGAGAGCAAGAACAAGUCGAGCAACAAGGAGAUCUACUGCCACAUGACGUGCGCCACCGACACCAACAACAUCCAGUUUGUCUUCGACGCCGUCACCGACGUGAUCAUUGCAAACAACCUGCGCGGUUGUGGACUUUACUAGAGCCGCCAUUUUUCCGUGCGUCCCAUUGGCCGGCUCGGCAAUGCGAUCCGGAGCGCAGGUUGCCGGUCGAGAUUGUGUCAGCGUCGGUAUUGCUACCGCGAUUUAUUUUAAUCUUAGGUUUUUUUUUUGUUCGUGUAGCCGCUGCUGUUUUCAUCACCGCCGUUGUUCUUGUGCAUCAUCGUCGUCGUUGUUGUGCCGUCGCUGCCAUUGCGUUGUUAGGCAGCCGGCGGAGGCUGUGGGUCUGCGUCGGUGCGUCCCGUGGUUACUGCUGUUUUAGCUGGUGCAUGCAAAGCGACACGGCAGCGAUGAGUUGUGAUUCCGCCCAUAGGUAUUUUACCCCCGUAACGUUUGGCACCGUUCAGUGCAUUUAGGUGACGGUACCCGCUUAAGCACUUACCAGUUCGUCGUAGCUGUCUCUGUUUUAGACUCCCAAGUCUUGGAAAUGUGCCCCUAUGAACGGCUUAAAGAAAGCAGCGGGGGGCAUGUGGAGGUAGAGAUGGAAACAGAUCUACCUUCAUGUCUUCCUGUGGUUCCCAUCAGUUUUGCGCAGCAUGCAAAGAAUCCAUACCCCAAGAUAGCAGCUCGUAUCAGAAUACAUUUUGACAAACGUGUGCAACCCUAUAGGUUCAAGCAUUGACUGCAGUGUUGAUUUGAAAUCUUACAAGAGGCUACUCGGCCUUUGUGAAGAAUGUAUUGAAUAUCAGUUUUCUGGAUUCACACACAAGAUUCCUACAGAUCCAACCAUUUCCCCUUUGCACAGUGAUGACAUCUCUUCACCUACACUGCUGCUCAAAACCAUCAUGCCAUCAACCGCCGAGAUCCUUGCACCCUUCCUCCCACCCCCUGCUUGGAUACUGAUGAACAGCUUCAUGCACAAAUGCCCCGUGUCACAACAACCGAGAGUAUAACUUCAUGCUAAAACAGCCCCCCCCCCCCUAAUUGUUAAAGCCUUCAGUAAAUGAGUGGGCCUGAAGCAUGGUGGUGUUUGCCAGAGAUACGAUUCAUAGACGGUGUUUAGGUCAGGCCAAGUAAUACGAAUCUGGGCAAAUUUGUGUCCACCAGACCCCCUCCCUGCCACCUGGUUAAGAAGAUGUGAUGUUUCAGAAACAUGUUUGCAGAAACACCACGUAAAUGAUGGGGUGGUUGUGUGUAAUAUAUUCCAUAUUAUGAUUAUUAUAUAUUUUCCCCUUAAGCUCUAGGCAGGGCUUUUGAAAUGUGAACAAUGCCUCUGAUUAGUGAAUUUGUCUCGAGAGAAUUUCUCAUCUCUGAUGUAUGGGGGGGGCAUCUGCACAUUUAGAUACAGGGUUUCUGAUGGAGCUUUAGACCAAGAUAAACGCACUACACUGAAUAUUUUGACACAAGUAGCCAGCUGUGAAGCAAGUUCAUGUCCGUGCUUUGGCUUCUUAAAACUGUGCCGUCGCUUCAUUUAUUGUUUCGUGCCUCUGUAAUAAAUAUUUUAGGAUAUUCACAGAAAAUUAAUUUGUGUCUUUAUCAUUUUAUUUAUUUUUCCCCUCCCAAGAGCCCCACAUUUCUCAGGACACAAUAUACUGUUUGGUAACUAAAAUGUGUAUGUAUUGUGACUUGCAACACACAUUUCUUUGUUUGUCAUAGGAAUUAAAAAAGGAGUAAAAACUCAAGUUAACUUUCAAAUGUAUGUUUUAUGUGUCCUGGAAAGUACUGCUCUGCCAAACACACUCAUUGGGACAAUUUUUUUGCAAGUUUGCUGCAUUCAUAAUUUUUUAACAGGGUUUUGAUUGUGGAUUGUACCUUGACGUCCAGACAUCAUUGUGAACUUUAAAUCUGUGAUUAGAACCUCGCUUGAAAAUACUCCGCUGUACCAUGGAGUUGCAC